CAAAGUUAUCUCAAGAGUUGUCAUUUAUUAGACUUGAAAACUUUGACAGAAUUUUCUGAUAAACUAGCAUUUUGUGUUUCACUAAGACAAUUAAACAUACGGAAUAACAAUGGCUUCAGAAGGAAUAGCUGGGUUUUCCCCAGGUUCUGGGGUACAGCCAAGUAGUGUUGUUGAAAUUUCAUUAUCCUGCAGAAAUCUGAUUGAUGCUGAUGUUUUCUCCAAGUCAGAUCCAAUGGUUGUGAUGUUCACAAUGGACCAGGGGACACGGCAGUGGAGAGAGUUUGGUCGGACAGAGGUUAUCUGGAAUAACUUGAAUCCAGACUUUGUGAAGAAGUUUGUAAUGCACUACUACUUCGAACAGAGUCAGAAGCUGAAACUGGAAGUAUAUGAUAUUGAUUCUCCAUCAGCUGACCUUAGCAAACAUGAUUUCCUUGGUAGGAUGGAGUGUACACUUGGUGAAAUAGUUGCCGCAGGGACCAGAUUUACACGUAGAUUAACAGGACCAAACAUUAACAAAGGGUCUAUUAUAAUAAGUGCAGAGGAGCUGAGUAGCUGUAAGGAACAAGUUAUAAUGCAGUUCCGUGCACACAAGCUGGACAAGAAAGAUUUCUUUGGAAAGUCAGAUCCUUUCCUUACGUUCUACAGGGCCAAUGAGGAUGGAAGUUACACAGUUGUACAUAGAACAGAAGUGAUAAAGAAAACACUAAAUCCCACAUGGAAACCUAUGACAUUAUCUGUAAGGACAUUGUGCAAUGGAGACUAUGACAGAUCUAUCAGAAUAGAAUGUCAUGACUGGGAUGCUGAUGGAGGGCAUGAUUUUAUUGGAGAUUUUACUACCACCUUGAGAGAAUUGACCAGAGGACCUUGUAAUACAAAUGUUUAUGAGUGUAUAAGUAUGAAGAAAAAGAAGAAGAAAGGAGCAAAGUACACUAACUCUGGAACUGUUGAAUUAAUGAAUGUUAGGAUUGAGAAAGUUUACACAUUCCUCGACUAUGUUAGAGGAGGAACACAGUUGAACUGUACAAUUGCAAUUGAUUUCACAGCAUCGAAUGGCGACCCCAAAUCUCCAUCAUCGUUACAUUACAUCAGUCCAUAUAGACCAAGUCCAUAUGCUACAGCCUUGAGGGCAGUAGGCGAAAUUAUUAAGGAUUAUGACUCAGAUCAGCUGUUUCCAGCUCUGGGUUUUGGUGCUAGACUACCUCCUAAUGGUGUUGUGUCACAUGAAUUUGCCUUGAAUGGCAACCCCCAGAACCCAUACUGUGAGGGUAUUGAAGGUGUUGUUGAGUCCUAUCACAAAGCUAUACAGUCAGUACAGCUGUAUGGGCCUACAAACUUUGCACCUUGUAUUAACCAUGUUGCAAGAUUUGCUGAAGCAAAGAAGAAUGGAGAUGAAUAUUUUAUUCUGCUGAUAAUUACAGAUGGUAUUAUAACAGAUAUGCCCCAAACUUGUGAAGCAAUUGUAAAUGCAGCAUCACUGCCAGUAUCAAUUAUCAUCAUUGGAGUGGGGGAUGCUGAUUUUGAAGCAAUGGAAGUGUUAGAUGGUGAUGAUGUAAGGCUAUCAUCUAGAGGUAGAUACGCUGAGAGAGAUAUUGUUCAGUUUGUCCCAUACAAGGAGUUCCAGGGUAGACAAGGAGAAAACCCAGCAGCUGUUCAGGCCAGACUGGCAAAGGAAGUACUUGAGGAGAUACCCGACCAGUUUUUGUCGUACAUGAAGUCCCGAGGCAUCAAACCUAAACCUCCGAUGCAAAGACAACUGACAAUAUCAUCAGUGCAUUCACUGCCUGCAUCAGAACAAUAAAAGAUCAGAGAACGGAAAUUCUGAAUUUUUGCAAUUAAACAUGCCUUUUUGUGUAAGGUACGAUCAAAUGUGACUGUGAAAAUUGAGUGUGGAAUUGUUGGGUACAGUGAACUGCUUCCAAAAAUUAGUAGAGGAUAAAUGGCAAUAUUUUUACCUCUUUUUAUCAAAGCUUCUUUAAAUGAAGUGAGUAGUGACCAGUUUUUGUUCAGCCCUCUUUAUGUGAGCCACAGGAGUGGUAAUGUAUUAAACAGUUUUAAAACAUUUAAACUGUGUGAAGUGAAUGGAGUUUGUUAGAAAUAAUUCAGGUACAGCUUUAGCUGAAAUGUGUACAUGACCUAUUGGGCUUGAUUUUUAUUAUCUCGGCUAGACAGAUGACAGAAGAAAGAAACAAAUGUGAAGUGUAGUCAGUUUUAUACAGUAUCAUUUUCACGAAGUUCUGUUACAAAACCCAUGACAGUUAAAUUUAAUUCUUCAUUUUCAUGUGUUUUAUAUCCUAUUUGUGAUCAGGAAUUACAUAAUAACAACAUAAGAUAUUUUUUAAACUUUCUUUUCUGCUCAAAAUUUACUUGAGAAAAAUGCAAAUUAUAGUUUUAUAAAUCUAUUGCAUGUGAUCUAAACCCACACUCAUUCUCCAUUAGUGCCAAAUUAAACAGAUCUUAGGCAAAAAUGGCAAAAGUUUUAGAACAUAUUUAAGGCCUUGAAUGGUUUAUUACUGUUGACUGUUUCUUGCCAGUAGUCCAGAUUAUUGUGAUAUUGCAAAAUUUAGUUGAGUGUAAGUCUUUGACAAAAAGAAAAAAAAACACAAAACUUGGUUCAUGUGUACGGGUAUUAAAAUCUUUUAAGUAUAUCCUUUGAUGUGAAAUUAAUGUUGCAUCUUAAGAUGUUCUACAGACAGAAAGAUAGGUUUGGUCAAGGUCACAGGCAAGACCACCUAAUGGACACUCGUCACUUUAUAGUGACAUCUCUUGUUUUCCUACCAAUCAUGCCAACUUAAAACUGAAAUUGUAUUGUGUUCUUAUGUGAGUGUACUUAGAAGUGACAUGUUCUGGAAUAAACAUAAUUACUACUGUAUAAAUGGAUAAGUUCGCGAAGUAAAAAUAUUCAUAAAUUCAAGAAUUGGUGAAAAUAUCAGCCAACCUAAAUUUCUACUUUCACGAAGACACGUCACCAUAGUCAAGAUAAACAAGUUUGGUUUUGGCACUUCAGUUUUUAGUGAUACGCAAAUACUUCCACUCGUGAAACGUCUGGAAUCGGCAGUUUGUGAACUUGACCCGCGAAAAUAUCUACUUAUCUACUUAUACAGUAUUUUGCUGAUAGUGAUAUUAAUUAGAUUUUAAUUUGAUGUGCUAUUCCUUAUUGUGGCAUUUUUGUUUUUGAUAACUUUCCGAUACCUUGUACAAUGCUCAAGGUCGUCAUUCAUGUUUUUAUCAUUAAAAGAAGUUGUUUUUAAUCACAGGUCAUUUACAGAUAUGCUUAUUAUACAUAUGUCAUGUUUAUAUACUUGUAUAACAUCAUAAAUUACCAAUCUUAUUUAUACAUUUAUCACAUAUUUGACAUUGUUGGUUGGAAAUAAGCCCAUGUGAUAAAAAGAAUUUUACAUGUGUGUCUUUCCACAUUCAAUUCAUUAAAUUUGGUGAAUAUUAUUAGACACCUAUGUAAGAUUCUAUAUUACUGUAAUGUUUAUAUACAUGUCUAAUGUCAGUCCAUUGUCAGAUCUUACCCAUGUCAUUUACUUUUGUUAUGUGUAUAGUCUUGUAUAUUUUAAGAUCUGGUUAAUAGGAAUAAGGUAUUAUAAUCAGUGUUUAAAUGCUCAUUUCUAAAAAUAGUAACAAUCAUGAUUAUUUUUUAUUAAUGCAUGCCAAUGUUGGCAAAAAGCCGGUCAAUAUGAGUAUUGACCGGGCCGGCGGUCAAUACUGGUUAAAACCGGUCAAUACUGGUCAAUACCGGUCAAUACUGGUCGAUUCAAUACUUUGGUCACUCUUGGGUGGUCAAUACUGGUUUAUUCAACACUUUUACAUAAUGCACAUUCACAGAUUAGAACAAGCUGUAACAGUAAUGUAAAAAUUAUAAAGCAGUCUGAAUAAUAUAAAAUUUUGUUUGUUAAAAAGUAUAGUGGAUUAGUGGUCAAUACUGGUCGAUUCAGUUUUGGUCCUUGGCAAUGUGUCCUGGUCAGGCUCAGUUCUGGACAAUAUACUUAGACUGCUCAGUGGUCAAUACUAGUUUGUUAAAUGCUUUUAUCACCUUAAAGUAUAGCCUUUAUUUUGAAUUAAUUAAAAAAAAUAUUACUAUUUAUAAAUUACACUCAUUGAAAUGGAUAGUACUGGUCAAUUCAAAUUUUGGUCCUACACAGUAUCCCUGAUCAAUACAUAUAUUGGUCAAUACUAGUCAUUUGAAUACUUUGAUUGCAUAAAUGAUUUUUUUCAGAUAAAGUUACUAUGUUCAUUAAUACAGUGGGAUUAUUGAUCAUGACAGCUAAUUAGUGACUAGAUAGAUAGGCCUGCAACAUAUAAUCUGUUGUAUAUUGUAAGACCAGGUGUCAAUUAGGCAAUAUGACACUUGCUAUCAAAACACAAUUAAACCACUUCAAUGAAAGGGUCCAGUUGUAGGCAGCAAUUUUUCAUUGAAUUAAAUACCAGUAAAAAUAAUUAGAUUUAUCACAUGUGAAUCAGACAGUUGAUGAAAUACUUUCUACAAAUGAAGUUCAGUUAAGUUAGCAGACUAAUGACCAGUAUCAACCAGUGCUGACAAACUGACCACUUCUGACUAAUUUGGGAGUAUUAAUUUGGUUGCUUGAACUAGAUAUAAUGCAUGCAAAUACCUUCAUCAAACUCCAAAUGCUCUUAACAGUCAUUAUUUAAAUUGUUCAUAAAGUCUGCAAAAUAUCUUAACAGUCAGUAUUUACUAAUUGACCACUAUUGACCAAUCGACCAGUAUUGACCGGUAUUGACCACUUCAGGGAGUAUUGACCGGGGCGGUUUUAACCGGUUAAAACCACUGGUUAAAACCGGGGGCGGUUUUAACCGCCCAACAUUGAUGCAUGCUAUAAUUAAUUUGGUAUGCUAUCGUACAUCAGGUGUGUUGAUUUCUGUUUUUCCAAUGUAACUUACACAAGAUUGGACCAUCCAUGACCUCUAUAUUCCUGGUUUACAGUAUUGUUACUUUUCACUUAAAGAUGUAUUAUUCCCAAUUUUUUUUAUUUUUUCUGUUAGUUUAAAAGUUGCACCGACACAAUUACAGGUCAUGCUUUGGUGGUGUAGGAAGACCCUGGGUGCCCCUCCAUGCAUUAUUUCGUCACGGAUGGGCACCUGGGUACAACCACCAACCUUCCGUAAACCAGUUGGAUGGCUUCCUCACAUGAAGAAUUCAAGGUCCAGAGUGAGGCUUGAACCCACAUUGGUGAAUGGCAAGUGAUUCAAAGUCAGUAACCAUAACCACUCGGCAAAGGCGGCCCUAUAUUAUUCCCAAAUUUGGUAUCUCAGAAUAUGAACAGUUAUUACAAAGAUGAUAUAAACAUGUGAUAGAGAUAGCACUUUGCAUACACAUCUACUUAAUAUAUCUAGCAAAGUGUAAAGCAACACUACAUUGUUGAAAUAAUUAUCUUAAAAGUGACAAUCCAUCAUAUAAUUUAUGAUACAAGCACUUGCUUGAAAUAUUGUUGAAGCAUUUUAUUUUAAUAACAAGCAGCUAACGCCUGACGGCGUUUUGGCCGGGUUUUCCGAAUUAGGUGAUAAUGAGUUAAAGUUCUAAUAAAGGGGCCUCCGUGGCCGAGUGGUUAAGGUCGCUGACUUCAAAUCACUUGCCCCUCACCGAUGUGGGUUCGCGCCUCACUCGAGGCGUUGAAUUCUUCAUGUGAGGAAGCCAUCCAGUUGGCUUACGGAAGGUCGGUGGUUCUACUCAGGUGCCCGCUCAUGAUGAAAUAAUGCCCGGAGGGGCACCUGGGGUCUUCCUCCACCAUAAAAGCUGGAAAGUCGCCAUAUGACCUAAAAUUGUGUCGGUGCGACGUUAAACCCCCCCCCAAAAAAAAAUUUUUUUAAAAUAAAUAAAGGCAUACAAUAAAUAACACCCAAAUUAAUAAGCACUCCCUAUUGAAGGAAAAAGGGAAGAAAUGGAUCGGUAGAAAAUGAAAUUAAAGAAAUAAAUUGGUGUAAAAAAAUCACAGUAAGAAAAACACCAUUUUCAGUGUUUAUAUCCCUGUGAGCUUGACCUUUGACCUCGAAAUCAAAAUGGGACAUGUACACAUCAAGACCAACAUACGUAUGAAGUUUCAAGGUCCUAGGUGAAAUACUUGUCCAAAUAUUGAGCAGAUGACCUUGAUCUGUGACCCAGUGACCCCGAAAUUAAUAGGGGUCAUGUACACAUCAAGACCAACAUACCUUUGAAGUUUCAAGGUCCUAGGUGAAAUACUUGUCCAGAUAUUGAGCGGAAACCAUUUUCAAUGUUCAGGUCCCUGUGACCUUGACCUUUGACCCAGUGACCCCAUUCUCACUUUGGACCAACUAAGGUAAUAGGGAAUCAUUCUGACCAAGUUUCUUGAAGUUUGGAUAAGUAGAUGUUGAGAAAAAUGAAUGAACAAAAAGGUUAACAUGACUCAUUAUGACCUUGACCUUUGACCCAGUGACCCAGAAAUCAGUAGGGGUCAUGUACACAUCAAGACCAACAUAGCUAUGAAGUUUCAAGAUCCUAGGUGAAAUACUUAUCCAGAUAUUGAGCGGAAACCAUUUUCAAUGUUCAGGUCCCUAUGACCUUGACCUUUGACCCAGUGACCCCAUUCUCACUUUGGGCCAACUAGGGUAAUAUUGGAUAAUUCUGACCAAGUUUCUUGAAGUUUGGAUAAGUAGAUGUUGAGAAAAAUGAAUGAACAAAAAGGUUAACACAAGACUCGUUAUUCCAUCCAUCCGCCCGGACAGCCCUAAUCUACAAGCAAGAUUUUUCUUCGAAAACCCAGCCAAAAACCUGUAAAAUAUUGACUAAACUCGAUAUGGGAUUGCUUUGCUAUUUUCAUUGCGUCCAAACCAAAAGUGGAAAAACCGAGAGUCGAGAGUUUACCCAUGCCAGGUAACCAUACCAAAUGGAAUGAUAUGAUAGUGUAUGUGAACUUUAUGUAGUAAAUGUAUCGGGUAUUUAUCAAUAUGAUAUGUAACACUGAUGAAAAAUGUUUAUGUUUUUCAUUUAGGUUUAGUUGCUCUUGUUCUCUUCCUGACAUCGAAAACAAACCAAAACUAAUUUGCAUAUGAACUAGACUUAUAAAUUCAGUUAGUGAGGUCCAGGUAUUUUUCACAGUGUUUUGCAGUUAAAAGACCUUUCCCCAAAAAUUUUGGGGUUGCUACAGUAGAUAAUAAAUAACUUGACCAGUUAGUAUACACUUAUUGAGUGGCUUACAUGUCAAUAGUGAAAGCUGUUGCCCGAGGUCUUUUUUCUAAAAAAAUUGUGCAAACUUUUCUUAGUUAUUGUAAAUAAAAAGUACAAUGAAGGUGAUUCAUCGAGUUAUAUCAGUAUUUAUUUGAUAACUACCUGUGUUGUGUUUAAAAUAUGUAGAAAAUCUAUCUACCGUGUUAGUGACGCAGUAAAAUAUUAAUAUAAAAUAUCAGGAAUUCAGCUUUACUCUAUAUCAUACUUUUUAAAUACAUUUCUAGGAUUCUUGAUCCUCCAUUGGUCUUUUCAUAUGUUUUCAUGGUCAAGAUAUUAAAUCUUGAGGUGCGUACCUUUAAACUUGUAAAAUUGAUUUUUUUACACAACUGAGACAAUGUCAUAUUUUUUUUGUAUGUUAUUGGCAAGUAAAUGUAUCACCUUUGUAUACUGUCUAAACAUUUUGCAAAAUUUUCAAAAAACUUUCCUAUACAUGUAUUUCCUAAAUACUUUCCCACAUUACCUGAAAUCUUUUCUGUAUUUCCUUUUCAUUGCUUUUCACUGACCAUUUCUCUAAAUUAAAGUGUACUUUAACACUUGAACAUUUUCCAUAAGUUUCAGAAAAGUUUCUGCCCAGAACAAGUACAGUUGAAACUCGAUAUCUCAAACUCGCUUAUCUCAAAAUUUCGGCUAUAUUGAAGACAUUUUCAAGUCUCGUCCCAAAAAUAUGCGCAAAAUGUCAUUUUACAUCAAAUUUCGGUUAUCUCGAGUAAAACGCUCGAUCUCUUGGAAUAUUAUAUAGGGAAUUUCAACUGAACUUUAAACAGAAGGGUUCUUAGUAAUUACACCUUUUUUUGGGGGGGUUCCAAAUUAAUCAUGAUUUCAUAUGGUCUAUUUUGUCAAAGUGAUGCCAUAUUUUUAUUUGAAUACACAAACACAAAACAUUUGAAAACACUUGUACAUAGAUUACUUAUGGGAAAUAUUUGAGCCGUGCCAUGAGAAAACCAACAUAGUGGGUAUGCGACCAGCAUGGAUCCAGACCAGCCUGCGCAUCCGCGCAGUCUGGUCAGGCUCCAUGCUGUUCGCUUUUAAAGCCUAUUGGAAUUGGAGAAACUGUUAGCGAACAGCAUGGAUCCUGACCAGACUGCGCGGAUGCGCAGGCUGGUCUGGAUCCAUGCUGGUCGCAUACCCACUAUGUUGGUUUUCUCAUGGCACGGCUCAUUUAUACUUGGAUAUGAUUUAUUAGUGGUUUGUUGUUUCCUGCUGCUUUACGUUAUUGAUAUAAUGUGUUUUAACUUUUAAAGUACACUUUAUAGACUUUUAUACUUACAUUUUUAUCUGUUUACCAUGUUGCCUAUAUUAAAAAUGCCUAAAAAUGUACAAAAUAAAAAUGUGUAAAACA